AUGUCUGCUAGUACUCAAACCCAGCCAACCCGAACCCGCCAAUGGCUCCUCGUCAACAAGCCCACAGGUCUCCCCGUCCUCUCCGGCGCAGACCAAACCUUCAAAUUGCAAACAACUUCCCUCCCCCUUCCACUUGAACAAAACCAACUCCUCCUGAAACUCGUCUACCUUUCCAACGACCCCGGCCAGCGUGGCCGGAUCUCUCCCCACAUCAACCCAGAUCGAAUAUACCUUCCACCGGUACAACUCGAUACACCCAUGCCCUCCAGCGGCUUAGCCGAAGUGCUCGACUCCACCUCGUCCCAGCCGGGUUUCAGAAAGGGUGAUUUGGUGCUCGCGCCCGUGGGCUGGUCUGAGUACGUUGUCCUCAAUGUAUCGGCGUGCCAGCCUGCGCCCGAGCUGCCUGGCGGGUUGAGCCGGACACACCACCUUGGUGCGCUGGGAUGGCCAGGGCUGACGGCCUAUUACGGGAUCAAAGAGAUAGGGGAGACGAAAUCGAGCGAGGUAGUCGUUGUGAGUGGUGCCGCGGGCGCGACAGGGGGUAUGGCGGUUCAAGUCGCCAAGAAGAUUGUCGGUGCGAAGCUCGUUGUCGGUAUAGCCGGAGGUGAAGAAAAGUGUCGCUAUGUCGAGCAAAAGUUGGGCGCAGACAAAUGUGUUGAUUAUAAGAAAGAGGGGUGGAAAAAGGAUCUGGCUGAGGCUACCAGUGCCGCACGGGGCGGCAAUGAGAAAGGGUUCGUGGAUGUCUAUUUUGAUAACGUGGGCGGUCAGAUGCUGGAUUAUAUGCUCUCGCGGAUGGCGAUGCAUGGACGUGUUGUCGCUUGCGGCGCGAUCAGUCAGUACAAUUCUAGCGAGGGGACAAGGCUCAAGAAUUACUUUGAGGUCGUGAGUAUGAGGAUACAGAUUCGCGGCAUGUUUGGAUUUGAUUAUACCCAUAAGAUGGCCGAGGUGAUGGGCAUCUUUAAGCAGGCGAUCCAGCAGGGGAAAUUGAACGUUAGUGGAGAGAUUGAGCAGGUCGUGGAGGCCAAGUUUGAGGAGGUGCCGAAGGUGUGGAUGAUGCUGUUUGAGGGCGCGAACACGGGGAAGCUGGUCACUAAGAUCAUAUGA